CAGUGUUGUUUUUGUAUGCAAGAAGCAUACAGAAACUUUGCACUUAGGGCAAAGAACCAUAUUCUCUCCCUAUCUGUCUCUCCCUCUCGUCCCUAUCCAAUUUCAAAACCCUUUGUUUCUGCAGAGAGAGCGAUGCUGGAUCCUAUGGACCUGCUCCUAUUCAAUCUCUCCCGGGUUCGGAUCCCGGAACCCACCAACCGCAUCUACAAGCAAGAAUGCUGCAUCUCUUUUGACACUCCGAGAUCAGAAGGUGGUUUGUUUGUGGACAUGAACACAUUUCUUGCUUUUGGGAAGGAUUGUGUGGGCUGGAACUAUGAAAAGACCGGAAAUCCAGUUUAUUUGCAUAUAAAGCAAACAAAAGUGUUGGUUCCUGAAGAUAGGCCUUUGAAGAAACCCACACUCAUGGCUAUAGGUGUCGAUGGGGGAUUUGAUAACAAUGAGCCUGAAUAUGAAGAAACACACAAUAUAGUCCUACUGCCUGAUUAUGUAACUCUUCCAUUUCCUUCUGUCGAAUUACCAGAGAAGGUAAGAUUGGCAGUUGAUGCCAUUUUAUUGGCUGAGGGUGCUGAGAGGAAAGAACAACUUGCAGCAUGGACAGCCGAGAAGAAGCAAGUUAGUGCUUAUGCAACGAAUUUGCAACAGAUUGACAAUGGUAUUAUUAUUCCUUCAUCUGGCUGGAAAUGUUGCAAGUGUGAUAAAAGAGAAAACCUUUGGUUAAAUCUAACUGAUGGAAUGAUCCUUUGUGGGAGGAAAAAUUGGGAUGGAACUGGUGGCAACGACCAUGCCAUUGAACACUAUAAGGAAACAGGCUAUCCUCUUGCUGUAAAGCUGGGGACAAUUACAGCUGAUCUGGAAGGAGCAGAUGUUUUCUCAUACCCAGAGGAUGAUAGUGUAUUAGACCCACUUUUAGCACAACAUCUGGCAUUUUUUGGCAUUGAUUUCUCAUCAUUACUGAAGACAGAAAUGACAACUGCUGAAAGAGAGCUUGACCAGAAUACCAAUUUUGACUGGAACCGGAUUCAAGAAAGUGGACAGGAGGUUGAACCGAUAUUUGGACCUGGUUACAAUGGACUUGUCAAUCUUGGAAACAGCUGUUAUAUGGCAGCGACUAUGCAAGUUGUGUUUUCAACACACUCUUUCUAUUCCAGAUACUUCAAGAAUCAAAGUUUGAAAAUGGCUUUUGAAAAAGCACCAGCUGACCCCACUGUAGACCUGAACAUGCAGUUAACAAAGCUGGCGCAUGGUUUGCUGUCUGGUAAAUACUCCGUUCCUGUAACCGAGGAAAAAGAUCGUACAAAUGCCAUUGCCCCUACAACAAAAUUAAAACAGGAAGGGAUACCUCCUCGUAUGUUUAAGGCGGUUAUAGCUGCCAGCCAUCCUGAAUUUUCUUCCAUGAGACAACAGGAUGCCUUGGAGUUCUUCCUUCAUUUUCUUGACCAAGUUGAACGAGUUCAUUCUGGAAGACCUGAAGUGGAUCCUGCGAGGAGUUUUAAGUUUGGCAUCGAAGAUCGUAUUAUGUGUUCGUCUGGGAAAGUUGCUUACAAUAGAAGGGUUGACUACAUUCUCUCAUUAAACAUCCCACUUCAUGCUGCCACUAAUAAGGAAGAACUUGAAGCCUUUCAGAAAUUGAAAGCAGAAAAGAUUGCGGAAGGCAAGGAAGUAUCCGGUGAUGAGAUUGUACGUCCAAGGGUUCCUCUAGAAGCAUGCCUUGCAAGCUUUUCAUCUCCCGAAGAGAUACAGGAUUUUUACAGCACUGGUUUGAAGGCCAAGACAACGGCUGUGAAGAGUGCAGGUCUAACUUCGUUCCCUGAUUAUCUGGUGUUGCACAUGCGAAAGUUUGUAAUGGAAGUGGGUUGGGUGCCGAAAAAACUUGAUGUAUAUAUAGAUGUUCCUGAUAUCAUAGAUAUCAGUCACAUGCGCAGCAAGGGACUCCAACCUGGUGAAGAGUUGUUGCCGGAGGGCGUUUCAGGGGAAGAGGAGGAACCAAAUGAGCCUGUUGCUGACGAGAGUAUUGUUUUCCAGCUUGUUUCAAUGGGUUUUAAUCAUUUUCACUGUCAGAAAGCUGCCAUUAACACGUCAAAUACUGGAGUGGAAGAGGCAAUGAAUUGGCUACUUUCUCACAUGGAUGCUGCAGAUAUAGAUGCUCCCAUUUCUCAAGGGGGACAGUGUGCGGUUGACCAAUCAAAAGUUGAUAUGUUGAUUUCAUUUGGUUUUCAAGAAGACACUGCUCGGAAGGCACUGAAAGCAUCGGGUGGUGACAUCGAGAAAGCCACGGAUUGGAUAUUCAACAAUCCUGAUGCUUCUGCUUCAUCGGACAUGGAUGCGACAACAUCUGACACUGCAUCUACUGUGAUUGAUGCUGGACUGCCUGAUGGAGCAGGGAGAUAUAGACUCAUUGGAAUUGUAAGCCACAUCGGAACAUCUACUCAAUGUGGUCAUUAUGUUGCUCACAUCUUGAAAGAUGGCAGAUGGGUUAUUUUCAAUGAUGACAAAGUUGGAGCUUCCGUUAAUCCUCCCAAGGACAUGGGAUACCUUUACUUCUUUGAGAGACUUAGUAGUUAAGUUGAGGGACACCACAUUUGUCGACACUGGAAGAUGAGACCUGAGAUGUUCAAAGGUGUAAAAGAGGCAGUGCAGGAAUUUGCUGAAACUGCGUAAUUUUGCCAAUAUGCUGGGGGAUGGUGUUUGAAUUUGCUACAUAGAUUCAUGCCAAUUGCUGAGGUUCCGCAUUCGGAUUUAGCCAAGUUUCUUCUUCAUUUAUUGAAGUUCUUGUACUUAAGAAAUUUUUUUAUGAACGGUAACAUGUACAAGGACCAUCUUGAAGUCCAUUCUUAUUUUUGUUGGGUCAUUAAGUAGUGUUUUUGUUCGGUACACAAUUAUAUAUUAUAUAUAUAUAUAUAUAUAUAUUAAAUGUUUACUACAA